ACAAGUCUAGCCUCCCCACUAAUUGAUUAAAGGCCAGUUAGGUCCUACUAACCAAAGGCCAAAAAAAAAAAUAAUUGAUGAAGCCUAGCUGCUAUGUUGUUGUUGUUGCAUACCAAAUCAAUUAUUUGUAAGCCCCCCCACUCCCAUAGCCCAAAUUAAUGUUUUUCUCUUUUCAAAAAACCAAAAGAAAAGAAAAUAAAAUUUUUUUUAAAAAAAAAAAAGAAGAAGAAAAAGAAGGAGAAAGAAAGAAAGAAUCCAUCUCUUACAUUUUUCAUUCUUAAUAAUAAUUCAUUUUAAACAGUCCUUCCACUUUCCAAACUCCCUCCAUAUUUCUCCCCUAAAUCAAUCUCCUCACUUAAAAGGCCUUUAAGCCCUUCUUCUCUCUCAUUUUACUCUCCAAAAAAAAAUUUCUCUUUCUUUUCUCUAUUCCAAAUGGCAUUUUCUCCAAGAAGAAGAAAAAACAACCCAUUUCUGGAACUGAGAAUUCAAGCAGUAUCAUCAACAAUAAUAAUCCUACUACUCCUCUCUUCCUCAGUCUCUUUAUCUUCUUCCCAACAAGAACAACCACCUCUUUCCAUCCAUGACCUGCUUAAAACCAGAGGCUUGCCAGCUGGGCUUCUCCCAAAAGACGUGAAGAAUUACACGCUUUCAGAGACGGGGCUUCUAGAAGUUCACCUUGAAGGCCCUUGUUUAACCAAGUUUGACACCAUGGCCUUUUAUGAAAGCGUGGUUAGAGGUAACCUCUCUUAUGGUGGGUUAACUGGAGUUGAGGGUUUCUCCCAAGAAGAGCUUUUUCUUUGGUUGCCAGUUAAAGACAUCAUUGUGGAUGAUCCAAACUCUGGUUUGAUCCUGUUUGACAUUGGUUUGGCUUACAAACAGCUUUCUUUCUCCCUCUUUGAUGAUCCUCCCGACUGCAAAGAAAGUAGUGGUGUUUCAGAGAAGGUUGCUGGAAAAGGAGGAGGAUUUGCAGCUCAAAGGUAGAAAAAAAAGAAAGAAGAAGAAGAUGCCACAUUUUCCACUUUUUUUUUUAUAGUAACUAUAACUUUAGUUACAGUUGUUAAUUAACUAGAACAAUAAUUAUCUUAAACUAGGGGCGGCCAGUUUUAAGAUUAACAGUUUAAGUAGUACCACUGGCAUUAGAUGUUGCAGUUAGAGAGAGAUGCAUAGUUUUAAAAAAGAUUUGGAAUAUCAGAGAUCUUUUCUGAUAAGAUUUUAAUUAGUUACUAAGUUUCUGCCUUUGUCUUUUCAUUUGUUUGUUUGUAAAUCAAAUCAUCCAUCCAUCUCUAAACAACAAAAUCACAUCAAAUCUCCAACUCUUUGGAGCACUAUUUUACAUUCUUUUUAUAACAAAGAAAUAAAAAGGUUUUAAGCACCACCAUGACAAAAUCUGAAACAUCCCGGAAUGUUCUUGUUAGCUUCCUCUAAUCAAACGAGGAAUAAGUAAAACAAAUUUAGGGGAAAAAAAAAAAACCCCCCAAAAAAAUGUACUUGAAAAAGAAAGAAAGAAGAAGAAAAAUGGCAUGCCCAUU